UCAGAUAUUUCAGGACGUGGAUGCAAGACUGUCAAAAAAGGCGAUGAGUCUUACAGUGAAAGUAUCAACAUCCCUAAGAUGAAAUGGACUGAAACACCGGCUGUUAUUUCCAAAGGAAAACGUAAGUAAAGUCACUUCCCAGAUUUGAACGACUAGAUUCCAUGUUGCCAUUCGUCCACUCAGUAAUAUAUCACAGAUAACCUCAAAAUUGUGAUAAGAACAAAAAGAGUGGCACAUGACGCGCAGCUGAGUGUGUCACAGACGUCCUUCUAACAUUUUGACGUCACCAGUGAGGUAUUAGCGAGAGCACAGUGGCAACAUUCAAUUUAGUUGUCUUAGUUAGUUGUCUGUAUCAUAAAAAAGCAAAAUUUUGUGACGCUGACGUCAUCUGCGCUUUAUCCUUCUUCUAACAGAUGAUAAGUGAAAACAAAUCAAAAUGUCCGUGUAUAAUUCAAGAAUAUAGUAAUAAUAAGAAAUAGAACCACUAAAAACGAAAUGGUUUCAAUUUUUUUUUUCUUCAUCGAUUUUUCAUUAAUUCGUCAAAUUCUAUCUUCUUCUCGAAUCAUUUCACGGCCCUUCAAACUCUCAUAGGCGAAUACCGGGUGAUUGGAAGAGUUGUACAUAUGGACUAUGUACAAGAAUAUCUUGCUACAAAAGAGAAUAUGAAGUUAGGAAACGUCCAGGGGAAACCUAAUCGUGUCCAACUUGAAGUCCUGGCCGAUACUGUGUACAUCGAGGUGUGUAAAAGAGUAGUUUGAAUAGCGAAACUUUCAUAUAGGAACUUCUUGAUUUUCAGCAACCCGCGGGAAGGGUUUGAGUCAAAAAGUUCACGAUUUACUUAUUAUAGAGUUAAUGAUAACUUUAUUACAAUCUCUGGACUUAUCAAUUUACAUCAUCAACUCAGUUGAUAAAACCGAAUUAUUUGUUGUACCCCAACUGAUGCAGCCCCGCAGUUGCUUUACAAACUUGUCCCCUUGUCUCUUUUUGGCUCUUAGGAAUACGAAAUACAAAUAAAUACUGAAACAAAUGUUUUUUAUCAGGGCGUGAUCAGGAUGCGAGGUAUUAAAAAACUCACAGUUUAUAGCCGCAAAGUUGUUUCCGGGAAGGACAGUCAGCUGGAUGUCAGAGCUCCUACUUUGAGUCCGCAAUAUGAUACUAGUUUGUCACUGGCUCCUGGCACUCCUGGGGUACCAGGACAGAACGGAGUGGCUGGACCUAAAGGUACUGGGGUAAAGAGAAAUAGAGAAUUCUAUGCAUUGGUGCAAAGGCAUUAG